UAGUAGGCGAGCGGCAGGCAGGCAGCAGGCAGCUAGCUAGCUCGCUUGCUAGUAACCAUAAGCUUGCCAGUGGCUAUCUGUCAGCUAGGAGCCACAAGUCACUUGUCCACACGACAGAAGGCUUCUGACGCCAUUACCCCCGCCUUUCUGCCUCUAGAUUACACUUUCUGUUCGAACGUCCGAAAGGAAUGUUUUCAUUAUGAGUCCACACCUGUUGGUAUUAGGACUGGCGUAACUAGCUUACUUGAGCUAACUCGGCUAGUCGGCAUAUAGCAACGAAAGACAGAGAAGUGGGCCUGUCUUACGCUGUAAAGUAUCGGGGACAGACAGCUCUGACAAGAACCGGCUUCUUCCUCACUUUCAGGGACACAAGGACGGCUGUCCGAGUGUCGGAACGGCCGGGGAGGAGUGCAGUGACGGGACACCACGUAGGAGUUUGUGGAGAGCCUUUGGACUGUGCUUGGGACUUUUCUCCGGCUGGACUGAGUUGGACACAAUCGGUAUGGAAAAGUUCUGUCGCGGUACGUGUCUGUGUCUUAUUACUUUGUUGUGAAUCUGUCACUACGACGUACGUUUCACCUGGGAAGUCAUUGACUCGACACAGAACGCCAACAUGUCGAAAAUGCCAGCGAAAAAGAAGAGUUGCUUCCAGAUUACGAGUGUUACUCAGGCUCAGGUGGCGGCCAGCAACAUCACGGACGACACCGAGAGUCUGGACGACCCGGACGAGUCCCGAACGGAGGAUGUGUCGUCGGAAAUAUUCGACGUGUCACGAACCGAGCUCGGUGUGUGCGAUAGGAGUUCAUCCGAGGAAACCUUAAACAACGUGGGGGAGACUCAGGAGGCCCCUUUGACAGCUCCUGUCAACGGGGGUCUCCCUUACAAUAAGACUGGGCCUCAUUUGGGAACAAAUGUGCCUGCGCCAGGUACAACUCAGCCUGCUCUUCAUGUCCCUGCUGCCACUGUUGCCCCAGUGAGUACCUGCAGUUCCCGCUUCAGAGUCAUUAAACUAGACCACGGUACCGGAGAGCCCUUCAGACGGGGCAGAUGGACUUGCACCGAGUUCCACGACAGAGACUCAGAUUCAAACGCUAAUCGGACUGUGGAUAGCAUCAAGCCAGCCGUAACCCUUGAUCACAGCAUGGACAGAGACAGUGGGCUGGGGACCAUCAGUAACACAGUGGUCUCCAGCGCCUCUUCCUCACAAGCUUUGGAGAAUGCUGUGGACACGCAUCUCGUCCAUUCUGGUGAGACUGUGCAUCAAGGCUACAGCUUGGUUCCCCAGAUUGGGAGUGGCGCAAGUGCCUUCCAGCCCACAGGGUAUUCAACGACAGCAUCAAAGCAAAUGCAACACGCUCAGGUCAAUAUGCAACCUGCUGCUCCCCAAACCUUUCUUUCGAAUCACCUCAACGGCGCGCACCAAGGUGCCGUGCAGCCCCCCGUCAUGCCUCCAGCCUCACAAGUCCAGCAGCUUGCGUAUUCAAACCACCAUCAACAGCACUUUGGUUCAAGCACUCUUCCCUUAAAUCUUCCCUCAUCCAGCCAGGGGCCCUCGCCUCUUACCAUGCCUUCCGGCUCAAUAGUCCAGGGGGUCGGUGGGGAGGCACCCGCAUCCCAGGGCGUCCUGCUACACAUGGUUUCGGGAAGUGGUCAGCAGCAGCCGCUCAACCAGGCACAACCGUCGGGAGGGUUAAAGAUUGCCCCGACAUCCUCCGUCGCCACCAGCCACAGCGUUGUCCAGAAUGUGCCUGUCACAGCGCCCAGUACCACCAGUACCCCUCCUGGUGGGGCAAGUCCCAGCGAUAUUAUUCAGUCCCUUGGAGCCCAUGGGCUCACAGUCACAGGCCUUCAAUCUGGAGUCAGUAACCACGCAGAAGAUACUCGGCCGAAAUCUGAAGCGCUACCUCAUCCCAGUGCCAGUGUGGUGCCAGGGAAAGAUGGCAUGAGGCCUUUCAUCACGGAGGGUCUCAGCCUGCCCAGUCCUGCUGUCAACAGCCUGUUUGGCAUCCAUAUAGCUAUGGAUGGGGAUGAGGACAGUUCAAUUUUGUUCACUUCCUGUGUAAAGAAAAGAACGAGAGAAAAAAUGUCAAUAAGCAUAGAGCUGAUAGUCUUCUGAUGUUUGCACCUUACUUCCAUGCAUAAUCUUAUUUAUAACGUGAACUUGAUAUGCUUAAAUAUUUGAUUUUAUACCAUUCAAAUUGUUUUACUGUCAUUGGAAAACUGUGUAGGCUUAUUUUUUUAAACUUUCAUUCAUUUAUCCUUAAACACGAAACCUGCUCGUGGGGGGAAAGCUCACAAAUCAGCCAUGGAAGGAACAUUGCGUACUCCGUUAACAGUGAAAGUCCACUCAGGUUACCUCCACAUAGCAUCUAAAUGGCGUUACACGUUUGUGUUUUUCAGUGCGGAAGAAGAGCAAGUGUAAAAGAGAAAGUCAUCUCAUUUUCAGCAAUGGUGGCUGCUUGUCAGAAACCACUCGGCAACAUUUACAAAUCCAAUCUGUGAACUUAAUAGCGUCAAUAAAAUCACACACCGGAAUGUGUUCUCAUAGAUAAGCGGUCAGAAAAGUUCAUAGACUGAUUCGAUUAUUUAACUCUUGAUUAUGCAAGCAGAUGGGGGGAUACUGUAUGCUGCCAUUGUAGGGAAUUUCCAGCUAAGGAAAUACUUGCAACAAAAAGAACAUACUCUUCCCAUUAGUUAGUCUGCACCAAAUCUUCCUUAUUAUGAUUUUAAUAUACUUGACUGGUCCUGCAGAAACAUAUCCUUUUAACUGUGAACAGAUGUUGUUAUCAUAGUUAAGUGGACACUGACAUAUGGAUCAGCUCUGUCUUUACAUUUUCAUGACAGAAAAGAGAAGAAAAUAGCAAAGGCACAACUCAUAGUUGGAAAACAUUAAAAAAUAGGGCUGUCAAAGUUAACGCGUUCUUUAACGGCACUAUUUGUUUUGAUGCCAGAUUAACGUACGCCCAUCCUGUUUGACCUUCUUCCCAUGCUGUAGUUUGAGGAAGUAGCUGUGACAGUGGAGCCACAACCGGGAACAAUUAUUGAGCAGAAAUGGACACAGAAAAGAGUAUUCUGAUUGGUAAAAUUAGCCCCAAAGCCCUGGCAGACGACUCUCUGAACAAGACCAAAAUUAUUUGUAUCUACUGUCGCUGUAUAUCUACGUCGACCUGCCACAGAGAAGGGAGCUGCGAGAAGUUACUGACUGAAGCUCUUGCUUUGAACUACGAGCUAAAAUUUGGGUACGAGCUGCUAGUUAACAGCAGGCAUAGCCGAGGACGGCUAUUUGGGGCUUAUGUCAAUGUCACCAUGGCUGAAGAGCUAGCAGUGCUUGCAUUAGCACUGCUGACUAGUUAGUCACCGGGAAAGAUAAUCAGUAAAACAUAUAUACAUUAUAGCGAUGUAAUUUCUCUUAUUUAUUGUGGGUUGUGUAAAACUAUUGACAGUCCAUCCCAUAAACAACACGAGACCCUGGGAUGACGGUAAAAGGAUUGUCACGCAUGCACUGAAGAUUGCCAUGACAGAAGAUGAGAAUGAAAUGUAAAUAGCAUUAGCAGCACGCUAGCUAGUCACAGGGAAAUAUUUUUAACAUAUCAGCAAAACACACGUACGUUAUACCAGUCCAAUUUAUCUUAUUUAUUAUGUAUUGUGUAAAAGGGUAAAAAUACAGUCUAGUUAGUCUAUCUACAGCGUGGGACAACGUUACAUGGCGCAUGUGAGAGAGCGCAUUAAACAUGCAAAAACUGGGGGACGUCUAAAUGUAUAUUGUUUUUUUAAAUAAAAUAAUGACCCAUAUUUCCAAAAUUGAUAUCCCCUUACAUAAAAUUUGGUGUAGUUAUUGUAGUUGCGCAUCAAAUUGUUUACCGCAAAGAUAUUUACAUCCCUACUUAUUAUAGAUAAAAACUAUCUGUGAUUAAAUAUGAGUUAACUACAGACAAAAUGCGAUUAAUCGCAAUGAAAUAUUUUAAUCGACUGACAGCCCUAAUUAAAUAAUGUUAGGAUGGAUUUGGUCAUUGUACGUUACGUAAUUUCUGAAUGUCUGUCUGGACUGUGUCGCCCAUUCCUCUGACCUCCUCUGUCUUCAUGCACCCUCGCUCAUUCACUUUCUCGCCUUCCCUCUCUCCUUUUUACUCAUGU